AUGUCGUUCAUUAGAGCUCGCAGCAUCGCUCAGCUCCGAGCUGCUCGGAUUGCCCACCCUGUCAAUGCUCGUUUUUUCUCAACUCCUACCGACGGUUCUGUGAAGGUCAGCCCUGCCGAUGCCCCGACUACACCACCGAAGGAUAGCUCCUUGAUCAACAAAGAGGGUCCCGGAGAGGCAAUGGCUCGCCAUCAGCCAGAUUACAAUGCGACAAUUGACUAUGCUACCUCGACCUUCUCCCCAGUUCCGAAGCGGGUCAUGGACGGCAGUGAGCCAGGCGAGGCCGUAGCUGCCGCUGUUCUUUCCGGAGCGCCGACGGAUUUGCAAGCACGAACUGUCAGAAUUUACAAACCCACGAAGCCCGCGACCCAGUCUGGUACUUGGCAUAGUCAUCAUUGGCGAAUGGAUUGGGAUGUCCUAGGAAAGGGCUACCGAUGGGAGAACCCGCUCAUGGGCUGGCAAUCUUCUGGCGAUGUUAUGCAAGGCACUCACAUCAACUUCAAGUCUAAGGAGGACGCCAUUUUAUUUGCCCAGAAGCAGGGAUACGAAUACUUUGUUCAAGAGCCCAAUGAGCGCAAGUUCGUUCCCAAGGCAUACGCCAACAACUUCAUGCACGAACCCAAGAAGAUCAAACACAUCCGCACUAAAUAG